GCAGGAGCCGCUCGCUGCAAGGGAGAAGCCAGGCGAGCGGGCGGGCAGGCGGGCCGGCAGAGCGCGGCGAUGCAGUCGCGGCGGGGCUCGUGAGUUGCACGUCCUCGGCCGGUCGCUCACUCCAUCCAUCCUUCGGGCAGGCGAUCGCGCGGGCGUCAUGGAGAACCAGCUGGCGCGCUGCAAGAUCGUGGUGGUGGGCGACAGCCAGUGCGGCAAGACGGCGCUGCUGCACGUCUUCGCCAAGGACGCCUACCCCGAGAACUAUGUCCCCACUGUGUUUGAGAACUACACAGCCAGUUUCGAGAUUGACAAGCAACGCAUUGAGCUUAAUAUGUGGGACACAUCGGGUUCAACAUAUUAUGACAAUGUGCGCCCACUUGCUUAUCCUGAUUCAGAUGCUGUUUUAAUCUGUUUUGACAUUAGCCGCCCUGAGACCUUAGACAGUGUCCUUAAAAAGUGGCAGGGAGAAACCCAGGAGUUCUGCCCUGGUGCCAAGGUGGUUCUGGUGGGUUGUAAACUGGACAUGCGCACUGACCUGAACACUUUACGGGAACUCUCCAAGCAGCGCCUUAUCCCCGUCACACACGAGCAGGGCAGCAUGCUGGCUCGGCAACUGGGUGCCGUGGCAUAUGUUGAGUGCUCUUCCAAGGUGUCGGAAAACAGUGUGCGGGAUGUUUUCCAUGUGACCACCCUGGCCUCCGUCAACCGCAUGCACAAACACCUCAAGCGUAGCAACUCCAAGCGAGGGCUGAAGCGGGUCACACAGAUGCCAGGACGGACGGACUUGUUGACUGAUUCUGAGAUCCGCAAAGACCGGGCCAAGAGCUGCUCAGUGAUGUGAGAGAGCAGGAGAGACCCAGAGGGACUGAAGUAUAGCAUUGCCUGUCUUGUUCAUUAUCUCGCUGUACAGUAACUGGUCCCGGGGAGGUCUCUGCACAGCAGGCCUCAUUCCCCAGGAUGUAGGUCUGAGAAAACUAAGCCUUCCCUGAAAACACAGAGGUUGGACAGGGGAGGGAACUGCCUGAUGUUGGAAAUGCUAUGCAUAGGGGGGGAGAACGUCUGAAGUGGCUCUUGUUGCACAGGAAUGCUCAGGUUGCAGAAAUCCUCCAAAGAAAGGAGCACAUCACUGUGUGAGGCACAGGUGGAAGAGAAGGGUAAAAAAAAGAAAGAAAAGAUACUUCAAAUCCUCUGAAGAGUCAUUAUUUUGGAGCUAGUUUCAAAUGUGUAGCUGUAUCCAGGCAACUGGGUGUGUCCGGUAUUUUUUUUGCAGCCAUGAUGUGUCGUGGUCAGGCCACUCACAUCGCAUGUGUGUGUAUGCGCACGCGCGUGUUUGUUCAAUGUAUGCACAGGUGAGGUGCAGGGCUGGUGCUCAUGCUUGAGGCCAGUCACAGAAUAAAAGAGUUGCUGAGACAACAAAA